AUGAAACGGGGACUACCACUUCGCGGUCCAACCCUGCGACACUUCCUCCUCAAGGCAGAAGUGUUCUCAGUCUAUCGGCAGGUGAUACGGGCCUGUCGCAAGAUACCCAAUGCGGACGCACGACGCGAGACACUUGAGUGGUUUAAGCACGACUUUCGACGCAGUGCUAAUGUUACUGACCUGGAUGCGAUUCAAGGGCAAUUGGCUAGCAUCAAACGAGAACUUAAAACUACGUCUUCUAUGUUUUCAUUGCCCAUCGCUUCUCAUUGA